AGCUCUGGGUUUGAGUAUAUAACCAGGCUGACCGUCUCUCAAACUUCAAUUCGAACUCGAUUUCUCAUAGCUCGGAAGGCUCUCUGAGAGGAAAGAAAACUGAUUCCACAACUGCAAUAAAGCUGUGUAACCCGUGUUUAACAAAAUAAUUCUACGAGUAUUUUUAAAUUUUGCGAAUAAUUUCUUCUGAAGUUCUUAUCGACAAAGUUUCACAAACAGACACCAGCCAGAUAUAUUUCUUUUUAAUAAUACAAAUUUCAAAUUGACUCGUCGAAAAUAAUAAUCUGCAACAAGAAAUGGCACCAGGAAAAGCACCAGCGAUUGGAAUUGAUUUGGGUACCACCUAUUCUUGUGUUGGAGUCUUCCAGAAUGGAAAGGUGGAGAUCAUUGCUAACGAUCAAGGAAAUAGGACGACACCCAGCUAUGUCGCCUUCACAGAUACAGAAAGAUUGAUUGGAGAUGCGGCUAAAAACCAGGUGGCAAUGAAUCCCAAGAACACAAUCUUUGAUGCCAAACGACUAAUUGGAAGGAGAUUCACAGAUGACAACGUUCAAGCUGACAUGAAACAUUGGCCUUUCACUGUCACCAACAAAGGAGGCAAGCCAAUGCUACAGGCUGAAUACAUGGGAGAGAAAAAGAUUAUGGCACCAGAAGAAAUCAGCUCUAUGGUCCUGACAAAGAUGAAGGAGACAGCAGAAGCUUAUCUUGGUCAGAAGGUCACCAAUGCCGUCAUCACUGUCCCUGCUUACUUCAAUGAUGGACAACGACAGGCCACAAAGGAUGCAGGUGUUAUUGCAGGACUCAAUGUUCUCAGAAUCAUCAACGAGCCCACCGCUGCCGCUCUCGCCUACGGACUUGAUAAGAAGCUGAAGGAAGAGCAGCAUGUCCUCAUCUUCGAUCUUGGUGGUGGUACGUUCGACGUCUCAAUUCUGGCCAUCGAUGAUGGAAUCUUCGAAGUGAAAUCGACAGCUGGUGACACUCACCUUGGAGGUGAAGACUUCGAUAACAGACUAGUCCAUCAUCUUGCAGAGGAAUUCAAGAGAAAACACAAGAAAGACAUGAGGUCAAACCCAAGAUCACUUCGUCGCCUCCGAACAGCAGCAGAGAGGGCCAAGAGAACGCUGUCAAGCAGUGCUUCAGCAAGCAUCGAAGUAGACUCACUCUAUGAAGGCACUGACUUCUACACCAAUGUCAGCAGAGCACGAUUUGAGGAACUUUGUUCAGACCUCUUCAGGAAGUGCCUUGAACCAGUAGAGAGGGCAAUCGUUGACGCAAAGAUCGACAAGAAUAAGAUUGACACCGUCGUACUUGUAGGUGGAUCGACACGAAUUCCAAAGAUCCAGAAGCUUCUCCAGGAAUACCUCAAUGGCAAAGAUCUCAACAAGUCCGUCAACCCUGAUGAAGCAGUUGCCUAUGGCGCCGCUGUCCAAGCUGCCAUCCUAUCAGGAGACCAGAGUGAAGAAAUCAAAGAAGUUCUUCUUGUCGAUGUGGCUCCGCUCUCUCUAGGCAUCGAGACAGCAGGAGGUGUGAUGACGAAGCUCAUUCAGAGAAACACAAGGAUUCCUACUAAAGAAGCCAAAACUUUCACAACAUACUCAGACAACCAACCAGCUGUUACCAUCCAAGUAUACGAAGGAGAAAGAGCCAUGACAAAAGACAACAAUAGACUUGCCCAGUUUGAGUUGUCUGGUAUCCCUCCUGCACCCAGAGGAGUCCCCAAGAUUGAAGUCUCUUUUGACAUCGAUGCCAACGGUAUCAUGAACGUCACUGCAAAGGACGAAAGCACUGGACGAAGCAACAAGGUCACCAUCACCAACGACAGUGGAAGACUCUCUAAAGACGAUAUCGAUCGGAUGGUCAAUGACGCUGAAAAAUUCAAGGCUGAGGAUGAUGCUCAACGUGAGCGCAUCGCUGCCAGGAACCAACUUGAGAGCUAUGCUUUCAACGUCAAGUCCGCAAUCAAUGAUGCAUCGGUAGAGAGCAAAGUUAGCUCCAGUGACAAGGAAGUCGUGAUAAAAGCAGUCGAUGAAGUCAUCACCUGGAUGGACAAUAAUUCUUUGGCGAACAAGGAAGAAUUCUCGUUCAAGUUGGAAGAGCUGCAGAAGACGUGUUCCCCCAUCAUGGCUAAACUUCAUGCCGGUGGUAGCUCAGGUCAACCAGGACCACAGACCAACUCACCAUCAUCAGGAAAUGGAGGACCUACUGUCGAGGAAGUGGAUUAAAUCUAUACACUCUCUGUGUUAAAAAUGACUUAGUUGCAAUAUCUGCUCAGUUGGAAUAAAUUCAUUUGCAUCACAGAGAUAUAUGUGGCCGCUAUAUUUGACCCUAUCCUGAUGAAAAACUCUUACCCCAUAUCUUAUAAUAUUUUAUAAGACCAGUUGAUUGUAAGUAAUUGUUCGAAAUUCAUAAAGUGUUGAAAAUGUCUAUUAUAAGUAUAUACAUAUUUGUAAUUAUUUCCAUUAUGUGGCUCAUUAAUGUAACAUUUACAUCUCAAAGGUCAUGAAAGUUAACGUCACAUUGUUCUUUAAUAGGUUGUGCCUUAUUCUUUUUUCAACCUACUCUGUCAUUAGGGUCGUGGCUUUUAGUUUUAAAGAGCCAAACAUUUAAAAUGCAGUACUAGUUUGUUUGGGUUUUUUUAUACUUAAUUUAAUAUAAAUAUAUAUUCAUGAUAGUAGGUCAAACUUAGCAGAAAGUACAAUACGUCAUGAUUUACCGCUACUUGAUAAUGACCAGGGACCUGUAACACAAAGGUUAGCGAUUAAUCACUAAUUUGAAAGAACAGUUCUGAUUGGUUCCUAGUCAAUAUACUGAGCAAAAUGCGCAUGCAACGAUGAUCUUGAUAGACCAACUGAAUUAGCGAUUUAUAGUUAACUUUUGUGUAACGGGCUCCUUUUUAUACGGCAUUGUAUGAUUAAAAUGCGAGUUCCAUGACAUCCGGCGACAAUUGCUCCGAUGAAAAAAUAUUCCCGUUAAGCAAAACAUAAAAUCCAUCAUCCAUGACUAAAUAAACCCUAAUUACAGUAUAUGAUAUUUCUAUAAGUAAAAGUAAAACAAAAACAGAGUAUUAUAGAUAAGCAAAAUAUCAUAACCAUUAUAAAAUAAUCCUUAUAUUAACAUGA